GUCUCCUGUUCCAUGCUUCGUGCUUUCGAACAUGCACUGUCAUAACCUACGCUUUUUGCGUCUGUUUAAUCUUUCCGUCACUUUUGAUGCUUGAAACUUGACGUUUCGUGUAAUUUUGUACUCGUAGAUGAUGAACGGACGGCGGAAGCACUAAGAAUGCCGAUACAGGCACCGCAGUGGAAUGAAUAUUUGUCCUGUCCAAUCUGCUGUCAUGAGUUCGACGUGGCGGAGCGAGGUCCCAUCUCGCUUGGUUGCGGCCACACCAUCUGCCGUACCUGCCUCGCCAACCUCCAUCGCAAGCAAUGCCCCUUUGAUCAAAGCACGAUCAACACAGAGAUCGACCGAUUGCCAGUAAAUGAGGCACUGCUACGGCUGGUGGGCAACAGUCAGAUCCCAGCGGGCGUGGCCGCGGCAUACCAGAAGCUGUUACCGGCUGAAGAACAUGCCAACUACCUGGUGGCCAAGAGCUGCAUCGAGCAGCUGGCUCUAUAUCUCAAGCCAUGUCAAGCCGCCAGCCCCACCGUGGCCGCAGGUACACGAUACAGAAAAGAAUUAAGCGUGGGUCUGGUGUCUCGCCCGAUGCAACGUAAACUGGUGACGUUGCUGGGCUGCCAGCUGGUUGAACCCGAGGGCCGAGCGCGGGCAGUGCGUGCUGCUCGCAGCUUGGGUGAGCGAUCUGUUACCGAAUUGAUAUUGCAACAUCAGAAUCCACAGCAACUCAGUGCCAACCUCUGGGCGGCAGUUCGCGCUCGCGGUUGUCAGUUUCUCGGACCAGCGAUGCAGGAGGAGGUCCUAAAGCUCGUCCUGUUGGCCCUGGAAGACGGCUCAGCGUUGUCGCGGAAGGUGUUGGUGAUGUUUGUGGUGCAACGUCUGGAGCCGCAUUUCCCACAGGCGUCGAAAACCAGCAUCGGCCAUGUGGUGCAGCUUCUGUACAGAGCGAGCUGCUUCAAGGUGUCCAAGCGAGAGGGUGACUCGUCGUUGAUGCAGCUGAAGGAAGAAUUCCGUACUUACGAGGCUUUGAGACGCGAGCACGACGCCCAGAUUGUGCAGAUCGCUACGGAAGCUGGCCUGAGGAUCGCGCCGGACCAGUGGUCGGCGCUGUUAUACGGCGACACGGCCCACAAGUCCCACAUGCAGAGUAUCAUCGACAAGCUGCAGACGCCGCAAUCGUUCGCUCAGAGCGUGCAGGAGCUGGUGAUAGCGCUCCAACGCACGCCGGAUCCGGGACAACUGAGCGGUCUGAGACCGCAACUGGAGUUGCUGGCCGCUAUAGACCCUAGUCCAGAAGCAGAGCCACCAACCUUGGCAGACUGUCGAGCUGCGCUGGAGGCUGUGAGGAUAGUAGUGGCCGCGCUGGUUGACUUUGUGCGGCAACACGGCGGCGGCGCCGGCGGUGGCAGUCGGAAGUCGCAGGACGGUGGCGGAUCCGCGGGUUCAGUCGCUGGCUCCGGGCCAGCGGGCUCCGCCAGCAAGUACAAGGUCAGCAUGUGCAGGGACUUGGCGCUGAGAGGUUCUUGUCCGCGAUCUGGAAGCUGCACCUUCGCUCACAGCGAUGUGGAGCUUGACAAGUAUCGAUCGAAAAAUCGUAAAUUGAGCGUCAGGACGAACUUGAACCCAGAAUUGAAGGGAGAUAAGAGUACAACCAACAACAAUAAGGCCUUCAAGCAGAAAGACGAGUUGGCUUAUCAUCAUUCCGUGAAAGCGCACGAUAACAACGUACACCGAGAAACUCUCUCCGUUCCACGUUCUAUACCAGCCUUGAACGAAACCACCUUCAUCGAGCCACUGACAACGGGCUAUGUGUUACCGCCCUCGCAGAAUUUGGCGCAUGUGGUAUAUCCGAAGAGCACAAUGGAGCCCUUGCACUGUUCGCACUACAUCGUGGGCCCAGGUCCGAUCGACUACGCGCCCGCGCCACCGGCAGCGAACCUUGCAAUGUGGGACACGCCGCAGGUGCCGAGCAAACUGACGACGACGACGACCAACGACGUUUCAGGCGGAGGUAAAAAGCAGCGAACGGUGGCCAAAACGCUGGCCAUGCUGUUGCAGCGCAGGAUGGAAAUUUUGAACCAGUUGGAGACGAUUGUCGGCAAGCAGUCGCCUCAGAUUAAAACGGAUUACGAUUUCCAGACUGACUCGUUGUUGACGCCCAGCUGGGCGGCCACUGGCGUACCCGGCACCCCGCUGUUGCUGCCACCCAACAGCUUUCGAUUGUCCGCUGCCCCUCGAGAGCAGCCUCCAGUCAUCCUCCACGACGACGAUUUGGUGCCCUUCGAGCCCACCGCUCUGCCGCCCGUCAGCAAAUACGGACCAAUCUCCAGGCAACUCUCCAAGACUCUAAUAAGAUCUCCGAGCGGACUGCAGGCGCCGGCGAGUUUUUACAACGAAGGGGGCGGUACGCCCACCCCUACUCCGCUGACUGCGUUCAGACCAAAUUCCUGGUAUUACGGCAAUCAAUCUUACGCCACAGUGGGAAGCAACGGGGGUAUGCAGGCGACACCGACCAAGGCCGCUUUCGCCGACAAUUACGUCACUCUCGGCCGCAACAUUGCCGUGGAGUCGCCGGCCAUCCAAUUCCCUCGUCCGGAAUGCACGUCAAAGGACCUGAUCAUCGAGUCGCAAAAGGUGAAGCAGCAACUCAAACACCUCGAGAAGAAGAUUAACGAUUUGAAGCUGGCGACGCAGGCCAACGCGACGUUCACGGCGGGCGAGAGGCUAGCGCAGGAAUUGCAGCUGAUCGAGGCAGGCAUUCGUGAGCGCGAAAGGGAUGUGCGCAAUUGGACAGUGGCGGCUACAACCCCUUAUUGCGCGGCGCCUACUUCCGCUACCGCCACCACUCUCCCGCUUUGCUGUCAACAACCAGCUGUCGAUAACGACUUGCUCGCCGGUCAAGAGUACAAUCGCGACUAUAAGAGUCAAGAGGAGGACACGUACGAGGCGGGAAUAGCUCAUGACAUACGCGAGUUCGAACUACGCUGGGAAUAUGAACUGCGAGAGGAGGACAAGCACUGGUCCUCCAGCGAGGACGAUCCCUCCAAAAAAUAAUGUAACAACGGUAUCCUACUAAUCCGGAAGGAAACAUGUAUUUUCACAUGUUGAGCAAUCCUUCGCUUCUUCGAUUAUUACGCUGAGAGGAAGUAAGUAGAAAUUCCGACGAGAAAGCGAGAGAGAAAGAGAGAAAGACGUAUUAUACAAAAGAAUUCGAUUUACUUAUUACUUGAAAGUUAAUAUUGCAAUACAUAAGAUAAUUUAUUAUUUCAUUGCAUUGAUUGUUCGAGAGCGAAGAUUACACAACGAUAGAAAGUGAUGAGCUAACAAGUCAAGUUGGAAAGUUUCCGUCUCUCCUUCCACCUGCCACUCUCUUUCUCUCUGUUUCCUUUCUCUCUGCGAUAUAAUAAAAAUAUACAUAUAUUAA